UCCCUCCGCCGGGAGAGUCAGUCCCAGUAGCUGCGGCCCCGCUGAGUCAGCCCAGCGAGCGGCGCACGGUGCGCCGCGUGACCCGCAGCCACGUGACCCGCGCGGGGCCUGGCCGCCGGCGCAGUAGCUGCAGCCGCCGCGGGAGGCGUCCGCGACAAGAUGAAACUCAUCAUCCUGGACCACUAUUCUCAGGCCAGCGAGUGGGCGGCUAAAUACAUCAGGAACCGCAUCAUCCAGUUUAACCCAGGGCCAGAGAAGUACUUCACCCUGGGGCUCCCCACUGGGAGUACCCCACUUGGCUGCUACAAGAAGCUGAUUGAAUACUAUAAGAAUGGGGACCUGUCCUUUAAAUAUGUGAAGACCUUCAACAUGGAUGAGUACGUGGGCCUUCCUCGAGACCACCCAGAGAGUUACCACUCCUUCAUGUGGAACAACUUCUUCAAGCACAUUGACAUCUACCCAGAAAACACCCACAUUCUGGAUGGGAAUGCAGUCGACCUACAGGCAGAAUGUGAUGCCUUUGAAGAGAAGAUCAAGGCUGCAGGUGGGAUCGAGCUAUUUGUUGGAGGCAUCGGCCCUGAUGGACACAUUGCCUUCAACGAGCCAGGCUCCAGUCUGGUGUCCAGGACCCGUGUGAAGACACUGGCCAUGGACACCAUCCUGGCCAAUGCUAGGUUCUUCGAUGGAGAACUCACCAAGGUGCCCACCAUGGCCUUGACGGUGGGGGUGGGCACUGUCAUGGAUGCUAGAGAGGUGAUGAUCCUCAUCACAGGUGCUCACAAGGCAUUCGCUCUGUACAAGGCCAUCGAGGAGGGAGUGAACCACAUGUGGACCGUGUCUGCCUUCCAGCAGCAUCCCCGCACCGUGUUUGUGUGUGAUGAGGAUGCCACCUUGGAGCUGAAAGUGAAGACUGUCAAGUAUUUCAAAGGUUUAAUGCUUGUUCAUAACAAGUUGGUGGACCCCUUGUACAGUAUCAAAGAGAAAGAAACUGAGAAAAGCCAGUCUUCUAAGAAACCAUACAGCGACUAGCCUGUGCUGGGACCUAGUGUCAAGUACCCAUAGGGAAAGGCAGGUCUUUCUGGAAAUUGUCUUUAGAAGAAAGAAUUGUAUUUCUUUAAUCUAGUAUGGGUACUCCAGAUAAGUGGGUAAACUUAUUGUUCUUGGCCAUGAGGCUGGGAGCCUAGUCAUGGAGUUUAGCUAUAGGGAGAAUGAUUUGUUCGUAACUUAAUCAGAAAAAAAAUCUCUGCAAAAUGUACUCCAUCAUUUUGAUGUCUGCCAAACCCAGGUUGGGAGUUUUAAACUUUUUGUUCUGCUUCAGCCACGGUUCACAUGUACAACACACUCAGAUCAGGAAUUUCUCUCCUUACAUGCACUGAUUUUCAAGUGGGAGGGAAUUAGGGGCUUGUGUAUAUUGGAUGCCACCUCUUUGAAGAGUCUUGAGAGUCCUUCUUGCACAGGCCUGCCCCUUGGUUGAGAACCAUUGUCCCAGGUUAAGGCACAAACUCUCAAUAUCUAAAAUAAGUGCAAGGAAGCAGGCUCUUUGGUCAGUAACAAGUGCAGUGGAAAGAAAACGAUGCCUUCUUUCCUUCUUCCAGUUGUUUUCCAGUUUCACAGCUUUUCUCUGAACUGGGAGAACCUGGGGGUGGAUUUGGGUGGGUGGGGUCAAAGAGGUGGCUUCUACUGAUAAGCCCAGAGCCUCAAGGGGCCCAGCCAUGUCAAACUUCUCUCCCUCAGGGACUCUGCAGCAUCAAAAGGAGGAAGGUGGAAGCCGUUUUCCCCCCAGAGCCCUGUGUUUUUGUGAAAGGCCUCACUGUGGCUCCUCUGUUUUACAUACUCAUUAGUAAGUAGGAGGUCCACUGGGGCAACAGACACUGCCACAAUUUCAGUGUUGUGUUCAGCCAAGAGGACGGUCUGGGCAGGCAGCUUAAGUGUGAGUUUAGUCACAACUCCUGAGUGUCCCGCUCUCCUGCUUCCCUAGGAGGUGAGUGCCAGGAAAACACACCAAAUGUUUCUAGUAUUGUUUCCCCACUUAAAAUAGUCCUGCUUAGAUUCACAUGGUGUGGUCUGAUGUUCUGAGAACAUCAGGAAAUACAACCCUUUUGCCCAUUUAUCCUUCUCCCCGGAUCCCAAGGUGGUCUGUUGCUCUGGUUUCCUUUCAUUGUCUUAGGCCUUCAUGGAGUGGAUGCUGCCUCCUCCUGGCUGUUUUUGUGCCUGUUUGAAGCUACUGCUGUCUCUAUUUCUGGGAAAGACCUUUAAGAGUCUGGCUCAGGCCUAAGGGCUAUGUUUGGUACCAGUGUUUUGUCUUUAGCUUUUCUAUGUGAUUGUGCUGUCAUUCUGUUUUAAGCUCAUGGAUCAAUGGAUUUGUUUACAAUGUGAUAUUUUCUAUUAAAUCCAGUAUUUUCAAAUAACA